AUGAGUCUUGCAGCACAACCCCUUCGAAAAUACGAGCACGCAGGGGUCGCAGUGAAAUUUGAUUCCGACUUGCAUGAAGCAAGGUGGCCAGCAGCGCCGUGCUUUCCAAUUUCCGCGCUAGCGCGCACCUCCCCACCAUCGCAGCGCGAUCUCAACUUCUUGAAUGUGCUGCUGCCGCGUAAGAUCCGCCGGUUGCCCUCCCUUGUUCCCGUCGCUCUCCCUUCCCGUCGCUCUCCCUUCCCGUCGCUCUCCCUUCCCGUCGCUCUCCCUUCCCGUCGCUCUCCCUCUCCCGUCGCUCUCCCUUCCCGUCGCUCUCCCUUCCCGUCGCGCUCCCUUCCCGUCGCGCUCCCUUCCCGUCGCCCCGUGGGCGCCCCUCUGCCUCCCUUCCCGUCGCCUUCCCUUCCCGUCGCCUACCCUUCCCGUCGCCCGAGCUUCUGUUCCGUCGCCGUCCGUUCGUCUCGUCGCCCUCCCUUCCGCUCGUCCGAUCCUCUCCCCGUCAAUUCUCUCUCCGUCGCCCUCGCUUUCCCCGUCAAUUCUCUCUCCGUCGCCAUUGCUUUCCCCGUCAAUUCUCUCUCCGUCGCCCUUGCUUUCCCCGUCAAUUCUCUCCCCGUUGCCCUCGCUUUCCCCGUCGCCCUCGCUUUCCCCGUCGCCCUGCCAUCCACUGCUCGUCGACCUCGCCUUCCCUCCCGCCUCCCUUCCCACCUCGCACACGUGUCACCCUACGUUUUCUCCCCCUACUCCCUCUUAUCCCUCCCGCUAAUAAUCGCCUUCCUUCCCCCCCCUUCCCUGCUUUUUCCCAUCCCCUUCCCUGCUUUCCCGCAUCCCGUGCCCUACUUUCCCCCCUUCCCUGCCCUGCUUCCCCCCAUCCCCUUCCCUGCUUCCCCAUGUCCAUUGCCUUGCUUCUUCCCAUCCCCUUCCCUGCUUCCCUACAUCCUCACGCCUGCUUCCCCCCAUCCCCCUCCCUGCUUCCCCCCAUCCCCCUCCCUGCUUCCCCCCAUCCCCCUCCCUGCUUCCCCCCAUCCCCCUCCCUGCUUCCCCCCAUCCCCCUCCCGAACUCCCCCCAUCCCCCUCCCUGCUUCCCCCCAUCCCGUGCCCUGCUUCCCCCCAUCCCGUGCCCUGCUUCCCCCCAUCCCCUUCCCAUGCUCCCCCCAUCCCCUUCCCUCCGCGUCCCCCCAUCCUCUUCCCUGCUUCCCCCCAUCCCUCUCCCUGCUUCCCCCCAUCCCCCUCCCUGCUUCCCCCCAUCCCGUUCCCUGCUUCCCCCCAUCCCCCUCCCUGCGUCCCCCCAUCCUCUUCACUCUCUCCCCUUAUCCCAAGCCCGGCUUCCCCCCAUCCGCAUUUCUGCUUCCCCCCCUCCCCUUCCCUGCUUCCCCAUGUCCCCUUCCCUGCUUCCCCCCAUCCUCUUACGCGCGUCCCCCCUUCCCCUUCCCUGCUUCCCCAUGUCCCCUUCCCUGCUUCCCUCUUACUUGCUUUCCCAUGUCCCCUUCCCUGCUUCCCCCCAUCCUCUUACUUGCUUCCCCAUGUCCGGUUACCUGCUUCCCCCCCUCCCGUUCCCUUCUUCCCCAUGUCCCCUCACAUGCUUCCCCAUGUCCCCUUCCCUGCGUCCCUGCAGUCCAUUCAGGCCAAUGCACUCCCCCCACCUCCUUCUAUCUGCAUCCCCUCACAUCCCCCUCCCCAUCCCCCUCCCCGCCACCAGGCGCGCGCCCUGCUAGCAUGCCAUCGGUCGCCGCGCUUCCGUGGCACCUCUGUGGCGCGCACAUCGCCCUGGUCUCCUCGCCCGCCACCCCACUUUGCUCUCCCGUCUGCUGCCACUUCUGCCACAAUCUCGUGGAACACACUCCAACCCCCUGGCACCCGUCGCACACUCCUCCGUGUACUACCCACUACGCCUCAGAUCUCAGCCUGAAUCUCAUCCUCCAUCUACUUGGUGUUAGGUUGGAGGGGAUGGUACAAAGAGGAGGGGGAGAGCGCCGAAUGUGCGAAGAGCGGAAGGCGAAGACGGAGGUGGAGGUGUACCUGCUGCUGCUGGACGACCAGCUCGACGCCCUCGAGAGCUUCCCCGAGCUGCUCACCGCCAUGCGCACCGCGCUGGGCUGCCGCUGGCACCCGACGACGUCAGCGGCGCUGAGGGGAGAGCAGCGCAAGCAGGGACAGCGGGACGGGGAUGAGGAUGAGGGGUGCCACACGGGCAAGUUUCUUCCUCUCGCGUGCGCCUCGCGUUCCCCCCCCCUCUCUGCUUCCCCUCGCAUGAGCCUCACCUUUCCCCUCCUCUUUUCUUACUCUCGCACGCGCCUCACGUUUCCGCUCAACAUCUCUCCCCCUCUCAUGCGCCUCAAAUUUCCCCUCCUCUCUUCCUCCUCUCUCAUGCGCCUGACGUUUCCCCUCCUCUCUUCAUCCUCUCUCAUGCGCCUGACGUUUCCCCCCCUCUCCCCUUCCUCAGGCAUGCGCCUCACAUUUCCCCUUCUCUCUUCUUCCUCUCUCAUGCGUCUGACGUUUCCCCUCCUCUCCUUUUCCUCUCACAUGCGCCGUCCGGUUACUCGUCCUCUCGUCCUCCUCUUUACUGCGUCUCACGUUUCCCCUCCUCUCUUCCUCCUCUCUCAUGCGCCGGACGUUUCCCCUCCUCUCUUCUUCCUCUCGCAUGUGCCUAACUUUUCAAACCCUCUCUUCUUCCUCUCGCAUGCACCUCACGUUUCCCCUCCUCUCUUCUUCCUCUCGCGUGAGCCUCGCGUUUCCCCCCCUCACUUCUUCCUCUCGCAUGGGCUUCACGUUUCCCCUUGCCUCUUCUUCCUCUCGCAUGCGCCCCGCGUUUCCCCCCCCCCCUCUCUCCUUCCCCUCGCAUGUGCCUCACGUUUUCCCUCCUCUCUUCUUCCUCUCGCAUGCGCCUCACGUUUCCCUCGCCCCCUUCUUCCUCUCGCAUGCGCCUCCCGUCAUCUCUCCGCCCUCCAUCCUCUCACAUCCGCCUAUAAUCCGUGGUUAGCAGGUGCCCGAGUCUCGUCGUCGCUGCCUGCCCUUCCUCGAUCCAAUCGCACGCUCUCUGAUCUUCUGUCCGUGCUCGCGGAUUUGCAGGUGUUCAUUCUCCUGCGCUUAUUCUCUUUUGGAGACACCAUGGCUGGAUAUGGACCUCUGCGUCUUUUGUGUCGCACAACUGCUGCAUCCGCCAGCGCACAUGCUGAACCCGGUUUUAUUGCUGCCCGCAUCGCUGGCAUUGCUACGUGGAGGCAGAUGACCACUCUCGGGACUCCGGGUAGCAAGGAAUCGAUGAAAGAGGAGCUGAAGAAUCGUGCAUGGCCAGACAAAGGCACCACGAUCCAGGAAGGAGCGGAAGACAAGGCCAAGGCUGCCAAGGAGGCAGGUUAUGAGAGAGCGUAUGAAGACGCUGCUGAAAUUUACAAAGCGGAAGGUGUGGGUGGGAAGCUGAAGCAGGCAGGGCAUAUGGUUGCCGAUGCAGCAAAGGGUGUGGGUGAGAUGGCAUCUAAGGUGGCAGACAUGGGCAAAGAGGGCAUGGGUCGCGCUGCUGAAACUGCUAGGGGACUGGCGGGUGCGGCCCCUCCUAAUGCGGAGGAGAGGAGGGAGAAGGUGGAUGCUAUGGGAAAGAGGACUGUUGAGGGUGUUGCAGAUGCUGCUAAGUCUGCUGCUGAAGUGGGCGGACAGAGGGGUGGCUCAUAA